AUGAAUGAUGUAGAUCGAUUAAGUGGUUCAUUACAAUAUAUUGAUCAUCAUCAUAUUCCUCAAUCUAUUAUAGAAGAUAAUACGAAAAAAAAAGAAAAAAACAAAUUAAAGAAAAAAGAAGAAGAAAAUGAAAAACGUGCACAACAUGAACGUGAAAAAGAAGAAAAAAAAGCACGUAAACAAGAAGAAAAACAACGUAAAAAAUCAAAAAUUGAACAACAAUCAUUAUCAUCAAAACGAAUUAUUAAUACUCAACUUAUUAAUAAAUCUAAAGCACGAAUUAUAAUGUUAGAUGAUACAGAAGAAUUAGUAGAUUUAAGUAAAGAUGAUACAGGUAAAGUACUAUAUAAUCGUGUAUGUGAUUUAAUGCGAUUAGAAGAAAAAGAUUAUUUUGGUUUAAUUUAUAUUGAUAAUGAAAAUAAUAGAUAUUGGCUUGAUAAUGAUAAACGUGCACGAAGUCAAUUGAAAGGUCUUGAUUCAAUCUUUUAUUUUCAAGUUAAAUUUUAUCCACCAGAACCAGCUUUACUUCAAGAAGAUAUUACGAGAUAUCAAUUAUGUCUUCAAUUACGAAAAGAUAUUCUUUCUGGAAAAUUACCUUGUUCAUUUGUAACUUAUGCUUUAUUGGGUUCAUAUACAGCUCAAGCUGAACUAGGUGAUUAUAGUGAAUUAGAUCAUGGAAUAUCAUAUGAUUAUCUUAAAGAACUUCAAUUUGCACCUCAACAAGAUGAAGAAUUAUUAAAACGUAUUCAUGAACAACAUAAAAGACAUAAAGGUCAACCACCAAAUGCAGCUGAUUUACAUUUUCUUGAAAAUGCUAAAAAAUUAGCUAUGUAUGGUGUUGAUAUUCAUCCAGCACAAGAUUCAGAAAAUGUUAAUAUUAAUAUUGGUGUUUCAGCUAAUGGAAUAUUAAUUUAUCGUGAUAAAUUACGUAUAAAUCGUUUUGCUUGGCCAAAAAUAUUAAAAAUAUCUUAUAAACGAAAAUAUUUCUUUAUUAAACUUCGACCAAGUGAUUUUGAUCGAUAUGAAAGUACUAUAGGUUUUAAAUUACCAACAUAUCGAGCAGCAAAAUCUUUAUGGAAAAUUGCUGUUGAACAUCAUGCUUUUUUUCGUUUACGUCGACCAGAAGAAAUUCGCAAACGACCUAUUUUACCAAGAUUUAAUUCAACAUUUCGUUAUACAGGAACAUAUACAUAUCAUCAAACUCGACAAUUAUUACUUGAUAGACCUAAUCCUGAUUUUGAAAGAUCAUUAAGUAAACGAAUGACAAGAAGUCUUGAUGUUUCUGGCGGUGAAACAAUACGACCGUUACCACGUCCUCAAAGUGUUGAACCAUUUUUUCAAAUACCAAUUCUUGAGCAUGAUGAAGAUGAACAUCUACCGACAGCGGCUUAUGCAUAUGUGAAGAAAAAACCUGAACGACCACCAGUUACACCACCACGAACACCACAGCCAUCAACAAUACGUGAAGUUAAACCGAAACGACCACCACCACCGGCUGAUUAUGCUAAUCUUCCACCUGAACCGCCAGCUCGUCCGACAAUAAUACAUCGAGAAACAUCAUCAACAAUGAAUCCUGAUGAUGCUCUUCUUGCAGCUAUUCGUCUAGCAACAGAUCUCGAUCCGAAUAAACAAGCUGAACAAAUCGUGAUGGCUAAUAGUUAA